CAUUAUCCCCCUAAUGUUACUGUUAAUCACCAGCAAACCCAAAGGGAAGGCAGUUGGGGGUAUUUAUUAUUAUUAUUAUUAUUCUGUUCUGCUUCCUGCAAGUCAGAGAGAGUUUUGUUUCCCUUUAUCAGGGUUUCCUUGUCCUGAACUUACCCUUUUCCUGCCCCCGGGGCAACAGCCUCUGGCACUUACUGUACAACUGGGAAUGUUAUAUCCUUACUAUACACUUGCCUUGCCCCCGGGCAGUCUAUGUAGCCUGUGGCAUAUGCCUUAUAGGGGGCUGUCAUGUUCAUACCAUAUGCCCCCCGCCCCGGGGUAAGUGGGAUUGGGGCAGUUUGGAACCGGCUCAGUAAGUGGCCCACGGCCUUCUCUCAGUCUGUGCUUUGGUUUUCUCUCUUAUUGCUGCUAAUUGGACUAGAACCUGUAAGUGUCAUGGCGGCCCGAGAGGAGGUGACAGUGUAUGAAGAUGAGCUCAGGUCUCACUACGGGCGCCUGGAGAAAAUGACGGACCUGGUGGCCAUGUGGGAAGUGGCACUCAGCGAUGGGAUCCACAAGAUCGAGUUUGAGCACGGCACGACUUCCGGGAAGCGAGUGGUGUAUGUGGAUGGGAAGGAGAUUAUCCGGAAGGACUGGAUGUUCAAGCUGGUGGGGAAGGAGACAUUCGCGGUGGGCGCCUCGCAGACCAAGGCCACCAUUAAUAUCGACGCGGUGAGCGGCUUCGCCUACGAGUACACGCUGGAUAUAAACGGCAAGAGCCUGAAGAAGUACAUGGAGAAUCGCUCCAAGACCACCAACACGUGGGUGCUGCACCUGGACGGGGAGGACUGCAGGGUGGUGCUGGAGAAGGACACGAUGGACGUUUGGUGCAACGGCAGAAACAUGGAGACAGCGGGUGAGUUCGUGGAUGAAGGCACAGAAACGCACUUCAGUAUCGGGAACCACAGUUGUUGCAUCAAAGCCGUGAGCAGCGGGAAGCGCAGGGAGGGAAUUAUCCACACGCUCAUCGUGGACGACAGGGAAAUCCCAGAGAGCACAGAGUGACGGACGCUAUUCCUGCCGUACGGACUGACAGGCCGCGGGGAGUUGUGCGUGUAAUAACGAGUCCCGGAACCGCCGUAGCGCACACUAACCCACAGCGGCCGGAUCCCCGAGGGGUGGCGCCUAUAGGCGACCAGUGCUCACUGCAGGUACAGCAACCAACUGGGUCUGUUUAAUGGGAUUUUGCUCGGCCAAUAGAAGCUCCUCAGUGACCAUGUGACAUUGUUAUUAGGAAAUGUAAAUAGAAACAAAUCAAUAGGAACAUUAUACAAGAUCCCUAUAAUAAAUGUCUUAAUUUUGUAGUGA